CUUCCGGGUUCUAGCAUUCUGGUCGGAAUCCACCUCUCCGCCUGUGCAACACACACUUUACACACGCACGGGGACUGCAAGCGGGCAGCAUCGAUUGUGGCUCCUUUAAGACAAACUCAGACAGACAUUUUUUUUUUUAACCCUCCUCCUCUAAUCUCCCUCCAGUGCAGCAGUUGCAAAGAGGGAGAGGGAGAGAGAGAAAGAGAGAGAGAGAGAAAGAGAGAGAGAGAGAGAGAGAGAGCGAGAGAGAGAGCAACAGAAGAGAGAAACUGAUUAAGAAUUAGGACUGAUUCAAGGGAAGCGAGCGCUAGGGCUUUGUGCAUUUGAAUAUUAACAUUUGAGGUGUUCUGACCAGAAGAAGACAGAGCGGAUGAUCAUUCAUUCACCACGUUGACAACCUCGCCUGUGAUUGACAGCCGGAGUGGCAGAAAGCCAUGAGAUUUGGUAGUUGGGUCUGAGGGGCGCUCUUUUUUUUUUUUUAAACUGAUUUUUUGGGGAGAGAAGAUCUGCUUUUUUUUUUUUUUACCCCCCCCCCCUCCCCGCUGCUGUCUUGGAAACGGAGCGCUUUUAUGCUCAGUGACUCGGGCGCUUGGCUUCAGGUCCCGUAGACCGAAGACCUGGGACUAGUAGCUCACGUUGCUGGAGACGUUAAGGGAUUUUGCGUCCUGCUUUAAAUUUUUUUUUUUCCGGGGGAGUUUGCUUAUUUGUUUCUUUUCACACUGGCCUUAAAGAGGAUAUAUUAGAAGUUGAAGUAGGAAGGGAGCCAGGGAGGCCGAUGGCGCAAAGGUACGACGAUCUACCCCAUUACGGGGGCAUGGAUGGAGUAGGCAUUCCCUCCACGAUGUAUGGGGACCCGCAUGCGGCCAGGUCCAUGCAGCCGGUCCACCACCUGAACCACGGGCCUCCUCUCCACUCGCAUCAGUACCCGCACACAGCUCACACCAACGCUAUGGCCCCCAGCAUGGGUUCUUCCGUCAAUGACGCUUUAAAGAGAGAUAAAGAUGCCAUUUAUGGACACCCCCUCUUCCCUCUCUUAGCACUGAUUUUUGAGAAAUGUGAAUUAGCUACUUGUACCCCCCGCGAGCCGGGGGUGGCGGGCGGGGACGUCUGCUCGUCAGAAUCAUUCAAUGAAGAUAUAGCCGUGUUCGCCAAACAGAUUCGCGCAGAAAAACCUCUAUUUUCUUCUAAUCCCGAACUGGAUAACUUGAUGAUUCAAGCCAUACAAGUAUUAAGGUUUCAUCUGUUGGAAUUAGAGAAGGUACACGAAUUAUGUGACAAUUUCUGCCACCGGUAUAUUAGCUGUUUGAAAGGGAAAAUGCCUAUCGAUUUGGUGAUAGACGAUAGAGAAGGAGGAUCAAAAUCAGACAGUGAAGAUAUAACAAGAUCAGCAAAUCUAACUGACCAGCCCUCUUGGAACAGAGAUCACGAUGACACAGCAUCAACACGUUCAGGAGGAACCCCGGGCCCUUCCAGUGGUGGCCACACAUCACACAGUGGGGACAACAGCAGUGAGCAAGGUGAUGGCUUGGACAACAGUGUAGCUUCCCCCAGCACAGGUGACGAUGAUGAUCCAGAUAAGGACAAAAAGCGUCACAAAAAGCGUGGCAUCUUUCCCAAAGUAGCCACAAAUAUCAUGAGGGCGUGGCUGUUCCAGCAUCUAACACACCCUUACCCUUCUGAAGAACAGAAAAAGCAGUUGGCACAAGACACAGGACUAACCAUCCUUCAAGUGAACAAUUGGUUUAUUAAUGCCCGGAGAAGAAUAGUGCAGCCCAUGAUAGACCAGUCCAACCGAGCAGUAAGUCAAGGGACACCUUAUAACCCCGACGGGCAGCCAAUGGGAGGCUUCGUAAUGGACGGCCAGCAGCACAUGGGCAUCAGGGCACCAGGGCUGCAAAGUAUGCCAGGGGAGUAUGUAGCCCGGGGUGGUCCAAUGGGUGUGAGUAUGGGACAGCCAAGUUAUACCCAACCCCAGAUGCCCCCCCAUCCUGCUCAGCUGCGUCAUGGGCCCCCCAUGCAUACGUACAUUCCUGGACACCCUCACCACCCAACAGUGAUGAUGCAUGGAGGACCGCCCCACCCUGGAAUGCCAAUGUCAGCAUCAAGCCCCACGGUUCUUAAUACAGGAGACCCAACAAUGAGUGGACAAGUCAUGGACAUUCAUGCUCAGUAACUUAAAGGGAAUAUGCAUUGUCUGCAAUGGUGACUGAUUUCAAAUCAUGUUUUUUCUGCAAUGACUGUGGAGUUCCAUUCUUGGCAUCUACUUUGGACCAAGGAGCAUCCCUAAUUCUUCAUAGGGACCCUUAAAAAGCAGGAAAUACCGAAGUCAAUUUGGGGGACAUGCUAAAUAACUAUAUAAGACAUUAAGAGAACAAAGAGUGAACUAUUGUAAAUGCUAUUAUACUGUUAUCCAUAUUACGUUGUUUCUUAUAGAUUUUUUAAGAAAAAUGUGAAAUUUUUCCACACUAUGUGUGUUGUUUCCAUAGCUCUUCACUUCCUCCAGAAGCCUCCUUACAUUAAAAAGCCUUACAGUUAUCCUGCAAGGGACAGGAAGGUCUGAUUUGCAGGAUUUUUAGAGCAUUAAAAUAACUAUCAGGCAGAAGAAUCUUUCUUCUCGCCUAGGAUUUCAGCCAUGCGCUCGCUCUCUCUCUCUCUCUCUCUCUCUCUCUCUCUGUCUCUGUCUCUCUCUCUCUCUCUUUCUCUCUCUCCUUCUCUCUCUCUCUCUUUCUCUUUCUCUCUCUUUUUCUCUCUCCCUCUUUCUAGCCUGGGGCUUGAAUUUGCAUGUCUAAUUCAUUUACUCACCAUAUUUGAAUUGGCCUGAACAGAUGUAAAUCGGGAAGGAUGGGAAAAACUGCAGUCACCAACAAUGAUUAAUCAGCUGUUGCAGGCAGUGUCUUAAGGAGACUGGUAGGAGGAGGCAUGGAAACCAAAAGGCCGUGUGUUUAGAAGCCUAAUUGUCACAUCAAGCAUCAUUGUCCCCAUGCAACAACCACCACCUUAUACAUCACUUCCUGUUUUAUGCAGCUCAAAAACAUAGACUGAAGAUUUAUUUUUAAUAUGUUGACUUUAUUUCUGAGCAAAGCAUCGGUCAUGUGUGUAUUUUUCCAUAGUCCCACCUUGGAGCAUUUAUGUAGACAUUGUAAAUAAAUUUUGUGCAAAAAGGACUGGAAAAAUGAACUGUAUUAUUGCAAUUUUUUUUUGUAAAAGUAGCAGUUUGGUAUGAGUUGGCAUGCAUACAAGAUUUACUAAGUGGGAUAAGCUAAUUAUACUUUUUGUUGUGGAUAAACAAAUGCUUGUUGAUAGCCUUUUUCUAUCAAGAAACCAAGGAGCUAAUUAUUAAUAACAAUCAUUGCACACUGAGUCUUAGCGUUUCUGACGGAAACAGUUUGGAUUGUAUAAUAACGCCAAGCCCAGUUGUAGUCGUUUGAGUGCAGUAAUGAAAUCUGAAUCUAAAAUAAAAACAAGAUUAUUUUUGUCA